CGUUGGUCGGUCACCGGCGGAGCCGGAGUGCCGGGGACGGAUUACGGAUAUGACGCCAUUUUAUGUCGGUUGCUGAGUGACUGUUUAGUGUCAACAUUUUUGUCGAUUUUUUUUCCUCUGAAGAAUAUCAUUUCACCGACGGUCAUUUCAGCGUUUGGUCUUAGACAAUUUCUGUCAUCAGAAAUCGUUGUUUUUGCGACGUGUUUUUCACACGUUCGCUGGUGAUGCGUUGCUGCUGAAGUGCUAAAUUGCUUCUGCAACCACCGUAGCCGCCGUUCCCGCCUGCCGUUUGUUUGGCAAUUUUUUCCCGGUAAAAUUUAUUCACCGUAAUGGCCGCCAAUAAUUAUUUCGGUUUCACACACGGCGGCACCCAAUAUGCGUAAGUAAUAUUGUGAUACGAUUAAUUAUUUCUCGGUGGAAGUAUAAUUUAGAGACUAUCGUUGUUCCGCCGGUUGUUACACAACCGUUUUUUGAUGCGUAAUAGGCAUUAAACGUGUAGGCUAGGUUAUGAAAACCGCAUGAGGGCGAUGUCGUGUACAUUUAGGUUUUUUUUUUGUUAUUUUACGGUGUUUAAUACGUGAUUAUGUCUGAUACAUAGUUCUCUUUCUGUCGCCAUUAAUUAUUUUACCUCGUUAACAGUGAAUUAAACACGCGUUGUCUUUAAUUGUUCUUUGGAAUCCAGGUCUACUUUUACCUAUUUAAUUUGAUUUGAUUUUUGUCGCGUAAAAACAAUUACAUAGGUAGGUAUUACUAUUUAUUACGUGUUUUCUUUUUCUAAGUAUUCAGUUAAAAAUUAUAAUGCUUAACCCGGUUUUACUUUUAUUUUUGACUAUUUUUUUUUUUUUUUUUUUUUUUUUUUUUUUUUUUUGUAAACAUCUUAAAAUGAUUAGUUUUGCUUUUAUAGGGAUCAUUUUACAGGUUUUAUAUUAAUAGUGUUGUUAUGUAAAAAAAAAAAAAAAAUGUGUUACUUAUUAUAAUUGCCUUAAAAUUCAAUAUUAAACGACAUAUUUUAUGACUGUAUUUCAAUUACAAUAUUAUUCUAUUUAAUACAUUUAUUCAUUUAUAACUAAGUAGGUAUAUGUUGCCGUAAAAGUUUGAAUAUCAGUGAAAUCUAAGAUUUACUAGGAAAUAUUAGUUUGUGAACUGCUGUUGCUAAUGUCUGCAUUUUGGGCAUUUACCAAUUGAUUCCGGUAAUCUCGGAUACACAAAAUAUUUUGCAAACCCUGAAUAAUUUUUGCUGGUAGUUUGUUAUUUUUCAAAUGAGAUUUGGUGAAUCUUAGGAUAACUAUGAGUGUUAGUAAAAGUCAAAAUUUAUUUUAUUUUUGUAUUAAUAAUUGUGUGAUACUUCUACAUUUUAUAUUCUGAGCACAGUAAGGAAUGUAUUGAUUUUUAUUCUGAAAGAAAAUCUGACUGAGAUGGGGGGUACUUUAUGGAGUAAUUUUUUUGAUUCUCAGGAGUUUCUGACAAAUAAGAAAAAUUAAACUAAAUAUUUUUAAAGGAAAUAUUCAAUGCAUAUGUAAUCAUUUUACCAUAAUAUGACAUAAAUAAUAUUGAAAAAGUAACAAUAUUAACUGAACUAGGCUCAGAAUUGUUUUUGUGUUAGUAAUGGUUAAACGUUGCAUACAGAUUUACCCCUCUCCUACCGCUCAACUUCUCACCUACGCUAGUGAUGGCCCACCCACAUGCGAAGUAUGUCGUGUGUUUUUAUUUAUUUAUAAUUUGACUGUAAUAUCGUUAUGUGAUAAGAGUUCUUUUACUUAUGAACACUGUUAGGUACACACAAUUAUUUAUCACAAUUUAAGAUAUAUGGAAUAGGUUUAAUAGAUUGAUUGAUUUGAUGAAUUUUUGAUAUCUAGACUUGUUGAAAAUAUUUUAAGAGUAGUAUUCACUUUGCUAUGCAAUUCCUGAUUCAGUAGUCAAGUCUGCAUAAAAAAAAACAAAAUUAUAAUUAUCACAUAAUUUAUAAGUAAAAACAAAUUCAAUUUUUGGACAUAAUAAGUUAAUCUUAAUCUCGUUUGUAAAAAUUGGCUGAAAUUUGGACAUUUAUUGAUAGCAGAAAACUUUGGUUUCAUUUGUGUUCGAACUUUUACUGUAACAUAUCACUUUAAAAUUCAUUGAAAUAAAAGAAAAAAAAGGUAGUUAUUUGCUUUGAACUCUUAGAAGAAUCUAAAAAAUUCAUAAGUAGCUAUUAGUGUUUUAAAUUUUUCUAUUUUAUAUUAAUAGUAAUACAAUAUUAUAUAUAUGUAUUGUAGUUGUUUAAUUUUUUCAUGCAAUUUAUUAUUUUAGUACUGCCACUGGUUACCAACCUGCUCCACAAGCAGGAUAUGCUGUUCCACCAGCUACUUAUACGACUCCACGGGCUGCUGCAACUGCAUACGAUGUAGCAUCAUAUCAAACUGCUGCAGCUACACAAUCCGCUUAUGGUGUGUAAAACUAUAGAUUAUUUUUUUUUAAUUUUCAUUAAUACAAUUUAUUAUCUGUUUUUAAUCAACAUAUAUGUAUAUAACUAGAAAAAUUAUGUUAAAAUAGUGUUUAUAAAUCAUACUUUUUUUAAAAAAAAUUUAAAUUAUUGCCCAAGUUAGUUUUUAUUAUUUACUUUUAAACAACAUUGUAGUAUUUAGGGUGAACAAUUAAAUACUAAAAGUGUAUUUAUAAACAUAUCUGGGAUGCAAAAUGUCUCUAAUUAAUGAUAUUAAAUAGCAGAAAAUAGUUUAAGAAAAAAAUGUAAUAUCAAAAUAAAAUAAUCAAAGAGAAAAAUUGGUAAUCCUUAAAAAACUGUAAUAACUAGUUUUUUUUUUUAUAUUUUUUAACUAUUUGUUGUUUGCUAUUAAUAUUCACUUUGAAUUUGUUAUAUUAUUUGGUAGUUUUAAAAAUUUUGUAGUUUUUAAUUUAAGAAAACAAAUAAAUUAAAAUAAAUACAUGUUAAUGAAAAAUGUAAAAAACAACUAAAUUCUAACAUUUUCCAUCCCUGAAAUUUUAUUAGUUAUUACUUACUAUAUAUCUGAUAAGUCUAGUUUUUGUUAUUUAUAUCUGUUUUCUAUAUUUAAAUAUUGGAAUUAUUGAUUAUUAUUUUUGUUUUAGCAAAAGCAGCUUACAAUAGUGCAGCAUAUGAUACUAGGCAAAAUGCUUAUGCCCAACAAACCUAUCCAACUCAACCACAAUAUGCACCAUACCAAGUAACUAAAUUUAUUAAUAUAAAUUAUAAUGAGCUCAUUAGGUUUUAUUAUAAAUAAUUAAUAUUUAUAGUUUACAUUUAGCGGUACUAGGUAAUUUUCAUUAUAUCAAAUAAUGUUUAUUUUUGUUAAUCUGUAUGUAUCUGUAUCAUGAGUAUUGUAUUAGAAAUUUGGAUAUUUUACUUAUUUUGUGUGUGCAGUAUAUUUUCAUUACAUUAGAUUAAUAUAGAUAAUAGACAUAUGAUCGGAAACAAAUUUAAUAUUAAAAUAUUUUGAUUAACAUGAUAUUGGCUUAAAAUCAUAUAAUGCUGUAUAGUUUUGUGAUAAUUUAUUUGAAGUAAACCAAAAUGUAGACCUUUUCCAAAUUAUUAAAACUAAUUUGUGUAUGUCUUAAUUUUAAAACAAUUUAAUUUGUUCUACUUAGUCCUCUAAUUUUUUUUUUUUUAAUGCUUAAUCUAAAAAAAACUGAUAUGAUAACUUAAUCAGAAUUUUUAAGUUUUUUUUAGGGCAGCUUAACAUAGUAGUAAACUAAAGCUUUAAUCUGAUUCUUAUACUUAAUUUGUGGCUGAUAACUGAUUGUGGCUUUCAGGUAUCUUAUAAGUAGUUAAAAAUUCUAGAUUUAUGUUUCUGAGAAUGUUCUUUAGAUAUUUACUAACAAUAUCUAAGAUAGUUAAUUUUGAUAUUUUCUAUUUGGUAAUUAAAAACUUAUUCUUUAGUGUACUGUCUACCAGGUGUGUAAAUAUGAAACCGGAAUUUUUUAUUAGAAAAUACACGUUUAUUGUAUGAAUAUGAUAAAAGAAUAUUUUAUUCGAAAUAUUGAACACUGUUAACUAUACAUUUUUCCCAUCUCUCUGGCAAUUUGUGAAUGCCACUCCAAGAAAACUGUUCUUCUUUUGAUGCAAAUCAAUCAUCGAGCCAUUUUCUUACUUUUUCGUAAGAAGUGAAGCGUUGCUGAGCAAGUGCGUGUCCCAUUGAUGCAAACAAAUAAUAAUCCGAUAGAGCAAGGUCUGGUGAAUAAGCCGCAUGUGCAAUUAUUUCCCAAUUUAAUGCCUCAAUAUUUUCUUUGACCAGUUUUGUUGUGUGUGAAGGCGCAUUAUCGUGAAGCAAAAUAACUUUGUAUUGCCAUUUUUGAUAUUCUGGUCGUUAUAUAUCUAACGCCUGAUUCAAUUGAAUAAUUUGUGUUGUAGUGUUCAGUAUUAAUUGUUUCACCAGGCUUUAGAAAGCUCAUAAUAGAUCACACCCAAUCUGAUCCCACCAAACAGAGCAUUGUUUUCUUCCCAUAGCGAUGCCUUGCAGUUGAUGUUGGUUCGCCUGAAGUUACCCAUGACUUUUUUCGCUUAGAAUUUUCGAAAUAUAUCCAUUUUUCAUUCUCUGUCACAAUUUAAUGGAGAAAUGACUGUUUUGGUACCUGGCGAGCAGAAUUUCACAAGUGGUUUUUUGAUUUUCUUGCUGUCUUUUAUUGAGUUCAUGUGGAACCCAUUUUCCCAUUUUCUGGAUCUUUCCCAUGGCUUUUAAACGUAUGGAGAGCGCUUCUCUUGUCACGUUUAAUUAAUCCGCAAGUUCUUGUUGGGUUUGUCAUCCUCAUCCAGAAAUGCUUGCAAUUCGCUGUCUUCAAACUUUUUCGGUGGUUUUCUACGUUCUUCAUUUCUCACGUCAAAAUCGCCGUUUAAAAUUUUUUUAAACCACUCAAACCAUUGUGAUUUACCAAGAGCACGUUUACUGUAUGCUUUGACAUGCAUUCGAUGCGAUUUUGCAGCAGUUUUCUUUAAAUGGUAACAGAAAAUUAAUGCUGUCCGCAAAUUGUCGUGAGUGGGCACAAAACUCGACAUAUUUAACGCUAGUAAAAAAUAUUCUGUAUUGUUGUAAGUUGAAAAUAAUUGUUAGAUUUCAAAGAAAGAAAAUGGCACCAAUAAUCUAAUCUGUCUGUAAAUAAAUUGACAUAUAGAGUACUCUAACAGGCAAAUUCCGGUUUCAUAUUUACAGACCUGGUGUAAUAUUUUGAUUUGUUAAUUUUAAUGAUAAAAAGAAAAUUAUAAUUCUUAAAACAGACUUAAUCUUUUCUGAGAAGUUCAACUGUUUUAAAUAGCAUAUUAUUUAUUAUGGGUAAUGAAUAAGUUUAUAUCAAAAACAUUAAAGUUUAAAAGUCCAAAUCUAUACUUUUAAAGUUUAGUUGUUUAUUAUGGUUAAAUUUAAUGAUGAAAGAAAAUUUAAGUAUGAAAUCUAUGAUUUAUAAAACAGGCUUAAUCUUUUCUGAGAAUUGGAACUAUUUUAAUAAAGAUAAUUUUAAGUUAUUAGUUUUGGUAAAAAUUAGUCUAAUAUCUCUUAACAAUAAGGUUAGUAUUAGACAUUUAUAAAACAAUUUUGACUUCUUUUGCUAAAUAUUUUGUUAAUUUUUUAAUGAUGAAAAAAAUGUAGUAUGAAUAUUAUGAUUAAUAUUAUUGGCUUAAUCUUUUCUGAAAUCUAAUUAAUAAAUUAGACAAAAUAUCUAUUUGUUGUAUGUAUGUAUGUAUGUUAUGUAUGUAUGUAUGUAUGUAUGUAUGCAUGCAUGUAUGCAUGCAUGUAUGUUUGUGUAUAUAUUUGUAUGUACAUAGUGAUUAAAGUGGUUUUUUUGUUUAUAAUUUUAAGUAUGUUUAUUUAUUUCAAUUGUUUAGGCAGUUACAACAUAUACUACAGGAGUUGUCCCUAAAAAACAAUGCCAAGCUAAUGCAGCGGCAUAUGCAACCAGUUCUGCUAUGCAACAAAAAGUUACAUAUCCAAUUCAGUCUACAGCAGUAACCCCUAAUCAAGCUACAAAUAAAGGUUUGUAACUUUAAUUUAAUUUUUAAAUUAAAUUGAAUAGUUUACGAAUGCACAAUUGUUUUACCCCAACGAAUUAAAUUAUAUUUUAGCACCGGCAGUUCCAGGGUAUGAAGCUGUGUAUUCAAAUACAAAUUUUCCUACCCAAAAUCAAAACCAAGGACGACCUAAUAAUUCUCAAAAAAGACAGAAUUGGUUCAAAAAAAGUAGUACUGGGUUUGCUGGAGGAGCUAAAGGUGGUGGCAGGAUGGGUUUUGCUAAUCGAUCUCAAGAAAUUCAUUAUUGUGAAGUUUGUCGUAUUAGUUGUGCUGGAACUCAGGUAAUUAGUUAGAUUUUUUUUAGAAAUUUGGUUUUAUGUUAUUGCUUGUUUUUGGGAUUUUAGACCUACAAAGAACAUCUCGAAGGCCAAAAACAUAAGAAACGCGAAGCAAAUUCUAAAUUAACUACUACAAAUGUUGGUAAGCCCUCAACAAAUCCUGCCACUAAAGUGUUACAUUGUGAUCUCUGUGAUAUUUCGUGUACUGGUGCUGAUUCAUAUGCUGCACAUCUAAGGGGUUCUAAGCACCAGAAAGUAUGUAUUUGCUCUAAACAAUAUAUUUUACUUGACUAAAUAAAAUUAUUUUAAAUUUAAUUGUUUGGGUAGGUUUGUUAAUAGGUUUUUUUUUUAAAUAUACUUAUAUUAAUGUGAAUAAAGGAUUUUAUUUAAUUACUAUCUUUAAACACAAAAUAAUGAUAAUUAUACGAUGUAUUCAUGUACACUAGUUUAUAGUUAAACGUUUUAGGCCACAAUUUGUUACCCAUACAUGCUUAUUAUUUACGUAUAAAUACUAGCUCGGACUAAAAUUGGUAAAGGUACAGACCUUCACUAAUUGUGGUAUUAAAUGUGUAGAUUUUUUUUGCUUUUUAAUAUCUUGCCCUUCCCCUCAUUCCAUGAGGCAUAAUUUGAGAAAAUAGUUAAUUAAUCCAUCAUGUUUUUCAAGCUGGUUUGAAAAUUUAUAGAUCUGUGGGUUUUAUAAGCUUAAUUGUUGAUAAAGAAUAAUUUAUGUUCAUAUUUCAUAAAAAAAAAAAAUUGAUGUAUCUACUACAUUUAUAAAACAAUUGAAGUCUUACACUAUAGGCUAUAGUGCAAAUACUUAUCUAGCUUUUUCUGAAGCGUUGUCAAAUUAAAUUGUCUGAGUUACUUUUGAUUAUUUUUUAAACGAUUAGGAAAGAACACAUAAACAAACAAUUUAAUAAAUUCUGUAACUUAGAUUAAUUUCUAAAUUAUCAAUCAUUAAUAUUACAUAUUAUAUAAAUACAAUUAAUAUGUAUUUCAAUUAAAUUAUUUGUUACUGCUAAUUUUUAUUAAUGUUGCCAUAAAUAUUGUGUUUUAAUCAAAGUUGUUAUGUAUGAAUAUGUCUCGAGUAUUUUAUAUUAAAUUUUAAUCUUAAUGGUGAUACUAUUUCUUAACCCAGCUCUCUGAAAAUUAAAUGUGGAAAUAGUUAUCUGAAGGUUAUAUACAUUUAUGUUUUUGCUUUUAUUAAUUUAAAUUUGAGCAAUUUAAUAAUUUAGUGAGGUUAAUUUCUCGUAUGUAUAAUAUAUAUAUAUGCUAUUUUUUCAAUUUAUUUUUUAGUAUAAGAAAAUACAGGAUAUUACUGUUUCACUUAGAGUUAAAUACAUUUUGGGUAGAUGAUAUAUUCAAAUUGUUUGGAAUGGUCAUAAUCUACAUAUUGGAACUAGUCUCAAAUUUAAUAUUUGGUUUAAUAUUUCUAAUUUGAGUACAAUUUAAAGGUGUUUUCCAAAUAAUUUGUAGUUAUAACUUAAUGAUGAUACAAUAUUUUCUUAACCCAGCUCUCUGAAAAUUAAAUGUGGAAAUAAUUAUCUGAAGGUUAUAUACAUUUAUUUUUUCGCUAUUAUUAAUUUAAAUUUGAGCAAUUUAAUAAUUUAGUGGUUCAUUUCUUAUUUGUAUAAUAUAUAUGUAUGCAUGCUAUUUUAUAAAUUUUUUUUAUAGUAUAAGAAAAUAUAAGAUACAUAUUACUGUUUCACUAGAGUUAAAUACAUUUUGAGUAGUUGGCAUGUUUGAAUUGUUUGGAAGGUGUUUUCCAAAUAAUUUGUAGUUAUAACUUAAUGAUGAUACAAUAUUUUCUUAACCCAGCUCUCUGAAAAUUAAAUGUGGAGAUAAAUAUCUGAAGGUUAUCUGUUUUUUAUUAUUAAUAAUUUUUAUAUCGAUUGUUGGAAAGCAGCACUGCAGCAAAGUUGAUAUUUAUUUGGUAUACAUUUAUAAGUUUAUCUUUUAUCUUAUUUUUUAUUGCUAAUUUGUAUGUAUGAUACAAUAAAUUGUUAGUGUUUAAUAAAAGUGAUAUAUUUGGGUAUUUUGGAUUAUACUUUUAUCUUAAUGAUGAUACAAUAUUUCUUAACCCAGCUCUCUGAAAUAAAAUGUGGAGAUAAAUAUCUGAAAGAUAUAAAUAUUGUAUUAUAAGUAAUUUGUAAUUUAUUUAAUAUUUAUAUAAUAUUAAUUUAUAAUACAAUAAUAACUUCAAUUUUCUUAAGAAAUUCAAAUAUAUUAUGUAGUACAUUGGUUCAUACUGUGUUUAUUACAAUAAUAAAAUAUGAUUUGUUGUGUCUUAAUUAAAAAUCCUCGCAUAUUUUCUACUCUGUAGUUGGGUUAUUUUAUUGUUAUUUUUUUUUAAAUACAAACUUAACAAGGAUAGGAAAAAAGUUCAAAUAAAUUAUUUACAUAACUUAUUUUAUUUUCUAUAAAAUUAUAUGUAUUAAUUUUUAAAAUAUAUUCUUAAAAGUUUUAUAUAACUUUGAAAUUUAUUUAAUUAUAUUUGAUAUGAUUAAUUGUAAAUUAACCCUAUUCAUUUUAUAUUAAUAUUAAAUUUAAUUACAUUAUAUUAGUACAUUUUUAUAAUCUUGUUGGCUAAUGAAAUAUGAAUUUUAGGUUUAUAACUUGCAUACAAAACUUGGCAAACCAAUUCCAUCACCUAAUACUGAAACUACAGUUAUUUCAAAAGCUGCUGCACCAAAGGUGAACUUUGUUGCUGGUAUGUAUUAUAGCUAGCACAAUUGUUUCUAAUGAAUUUAUUUCAAAAUAAAAUUUUAAAUUCGAAUUUAAUAUAAAUAUUUUAUAAUCUUUUUCUGUUUUUAGCUGGAAAAUUGGGAACCGUUGUUCCAAAAACUGCUGAAUCUAAUGUUUCCUCUACUGUUGUUGCUACUGUUAAAACUGAAACCAAAGCUCUACCUCCUGCAGUAACUCCUAUUACAACUGUAGAAACAGAUGUUUUGCUUGUUGGUAUGGAAUACAUAGAAGAAAUUAAAGAUGAGACAGGUACUUAUGUUGAAAUUAUUAUUUAAUAUAUAAAUAGUUGAUUUAAAUCUGGAUAAUUUUUAAGUGUUUUAAUUUGAAUGAGUAAAAUCGCUUUAAAAAUGUUGUUUCUUAAAUUACUUUUUUUUUUAAUUUUUUUUUUAUAAGCCAAAAAACGUGGUUAUAGUUUUUCAUGCAACUUUAAUAAUUUGCAUGAUUUGAGAAGAAGUAGAUUAAUAACCUUUACUUUUUCCUUCAAUAAUUUUGGAAUUUAAUACAACAGAAACAUCCCCUGUGCUUAUUGUUAAAAAAUUAUAGAUUGUAUAAUUACCAAAUUUAAAAAAAAUAAUAUUAACAUUAAAAAUAAACAACAUACUAUCUAUUAAAUAUUUUUCAUUUAUAUAUAUAUAUUACAUAUAUUGUAUAAAUUAGGUAUAUCUUGUGACACUGUAUAUAUUUAUACAUACAUCUGUAUUAUUUUUUUAUUUUAAGUGUUUUGGUUCACAAGAAACUAAACUUAAUUAAUUAUUACAUUUUUUAUUUACUUCCGUAAAUCUAUACAGGAGAAGUUUGAGAAAACUUAUAAUGAGAAAUGAUGGCAUGGUUCAUGUUUAAUUUUAAUAUUUAUGUAUUAUAUCAAUGUUAUAGUACUUAAAAACAUAAUAAUGGUUGUACUAUGUAUUUAAAUUUAUUAAUUUCAGGAAAAAUGGUGAGUUUCAAUUGUAAACUAUGCGAGUGUAAAUUCAAUGAUCCUAAUGCUAAGGAAAUGCAUAUGAAAGGUAGAAGACAUAGACUUUCUUAUAAGAAAAAAGUUGAUCCUAGUUUAGUAGUAGAAUUAAAGCCAAGUUGGUUUGAAGCUCGUAGAAUGCAAAAGGAUAAACAACAUGAUGGUUUAAGAACAAGAGAGGACAGGUAAAUGAUUAAUUAUAUAUUUUACUGAAUUGAUAAAUCUAGUACAUUUAAUCUUAAAUAAAUAACAUUGUAUGUUAUUACAUUUUAAACAAUGAUACACAUCUCAUCUUUUUGAUAAUGCAAUAUAAACACGUUUCCAAUUUCAUGCUAUAGUCUAUCCCUGGAGAAAACGGUCCGCUUGUGCGCAUGUUUUCCCCCCUCCACAUAACUAUUUCAGCGAAGGCAGCCAAUUGUCAUUUCUUCCGUCGUCGGUUUUUGACUAUACACCGCUAAGAUAUUUUGUAGAAAUUCAAUUAUUAUUAUUAUCAGACAUCGCGUAUCGCACGUUUAUUUACCUUUGCUGUUUUAUAACCUUGAUAAUUUUUCAAAUCGUAAAUUAUCAUAUAUACAAGCACCUUCUAUAAUAAUCCAGACUUUGUUUGGAUAUUUAUUUAUUUUAUAUCUUAUUGAACACUGUAUGUAUAAGACAAAACAUAAUACACUGACUCGCCGUCAUUCAUUUUAAAAUAAUUAAAAAUCUGAGAAAAAAGUAAAAAUUACCAAAUGGUCCAAAAAGUAAACGCUGUAAAAAUGACGUGUGCGUACACCACGGCAAUAGCGAUAAACAGUGGACUAUCAACAGUCAACAGUGCAUUAUUUGAAACGCAGUGUACAAAACCUGCACCACUUCUGCGGUCGCCGUUGCUGCGCUGUCGAUAGAUCUGGGAGGGAAUGCGCAGUAGCGCUUCGAUUUGGUCGGAGAGUGGACCGUUCUCUCCAGGGACAGACUAUAGUUAUACUAUGCAUGUGCACAUGGUUGUUGCCGAAACAAGCUCUAAGAGUAGGUGAUUGCAGCCAUCUGCACCAGGACACCCUUUUAGUAACUAUUGUGGGGUAAUUUGAAACUAGUUAUAUUGAAUUUUUUGUCUUUCGUGUUAUUACAAUAUGAAGUUCGAUUAAAUUUAGGUUUAAAAUAUGUAUUAUAUAUACUAUGAUGAGCUAUUUAGAUGACGAGUCUGAAAUGAUAUUUUGAACCAGAUGAAAUAUGUUUUUUAUUUCUUAUGGACAAAAUUUCUUUGUAAUGAUGUCAUAUUGGUACUGAUUUUUUUAAGCAUAUUAAAUUUAAAUAACUAGUCAGAGUAUUAGAUAUUGAGUUAUAGCGCCUCAAGGUGAUUAAUUUAAUAAAUGGGUACACUCAUUAUCUCUAGAAUUUGUUUUCUAGAACAUGUAAGAACAAGCUGUUCUACAAUUUUAUAUUUUUGUUAUUUUUUGUCAUCUUUAUUUUUGGGGGUAAAAUUACCUACUAUGAUUUUUAAAUGGCAACCCAUGUUAAAAAUUAAAUUAAUAAAUGGGAUUCAGAGUAUUAGUUAAUAUAAAUUUUGGUGUAGAAAUUUGUGAUUUUUGUCAAUCAGUUGAUGAGAUAUUCCACUUUUAAUUUUGGGUUGGUGGGAGUAGUCGAGUAUCAUUUGUGUGGGGGUUAGGCGAGCAGAUGUUAGAUAUUGCACCUUUAUUCUUCCUCGGUCCAAAUUUUAAAGUGGAAUAUCUCGUUCGAUUGAUGGAAAUCAUAAAUUUUAGCACCAACAUUUAUUUUAAAUAAUGUUCCAUCUACUAUUUAUGAAAUUUUUUAAUGCAGGUUGCCAAUGGAAAAUCAAAAGUAUGUAGUGGUUUAAUUACAUUGAUUUUAUUAUAACAUUAGUUUAAUUUAUAGUAAAUACAUAUAUCUUUUUUUUUAAUAUGAUGAUUUUAAUUAGAUGACGAGUCUGAAAAUAAUUUUGAACCCAGAAAUACAUGUUUUUUGUUUUUCAUGGACAAAAUUUGUUUAUUUGAUGUCAUUAUUAUACUGAUAUAAACAUAUAUUGUUAAAUAGCCAAAGUUAGUUGUGUUUGAAUUCAGAAUGUAAUUAUUAUUUUUAGAUCCAAUUUUUGGGCUGAUCGUUUUAUGGACAUGGAAGAUAGAUAUUCAUGGGAAGAUCGUAGACGUUACCAAGAAGAGGUAGAGUAUUACGAUUGGUGUAGGUCAAUGGGCCCAAGAAAUAUGACAAUGGGACCUCCGCCUCUCUUUGGUCCUCCAGCCAUAAUAAGUGCUCGGGCACCUCCUCCUCAUUUGGUGUGUAACGUAUUGUAAUAGAAAAUACAAAAAAUACCUUGCGUUAUUAUAAUCUUAUGUUACUAUAGAUGAAGUUUGGAAUUGGUAUGAGGCCUCAAAUGCAUAAUUCUAUGCGUCGUUAUGACACUGUGGAUGAUAAACAUAUAAUGGCUAAACAUUCUAGUUUGUUUCCUAAACAGAAUUCACUUAAAACAUUACAAAAAGCUAUUUCAGAUACAGAAAAAGCAUUGAAACUUGCCGCUGAAGAAUUAGUGAAAACCGGUGAGUUUUUAUAUGGUUUAAGGUUAUUUAAAAAAAAGCUGUUAAAUUUUAUUGAUAGGAGAUCAUAACCUGUAUGUGUUGUCUCUGUUUGACAAUGUGCCAUUUUCGUUCAGUUUGGAUAACAGUACUGUUUUAAUGUUUGUGUUAAUUGACCUGUUAUCAAAUUAAGAAUAAAAUCAUCUUUAUAGUUUUCAUUUUUUUUUCUUGUAAUUUUCACUUUAUGUAUGAAGCAUUUUCAAAUGAUAUUUCACAUGCUUAUAUUUUGCUUAAAAAUAAAAAUAACAGAAAAAUUAUAACGCUAUACAAAGAAUGUUUUUUUAUUUUAAGUUAGGUAAUAAAUAAAUUCAUAUUCCACAAUAUUAUUAAAUCUAACAGCGUACAGAUUUCCCUGCUGAACAAAAAUUUGCUGAAAGGUGAACUGGUGUUCCUAUUGCUUCCUCUUAUUUGUAAUGUAUAGUUUUGUAAUAAAUUUAGCAGCGAUUUAAUAAUUUUGUUUUUAUAACAUUUUUUAUUUUACUAAUUACCACUUAGAUAAUAUAAAAUGUUGAUAUAAUUUUUAUUGGCCAACAAUGAUACCUGCUGUUUUAUAUUAACUAACGUUUGACUACUUCUGUUUAUCAAAUCCACAGUAGUUUAAUAUACAACAGCUAAGUUAAAUAUUUGAUAAAGUAUUUCAAACCGUUUUUUCAUUUAAUGAUACCUUUAAAUAGUAGAUUUACAAUUAGGUUGGCUCUAUUUGUCAAUAUUCUGGCUGUUGGAUGUUUUUGCUGAGGUGGUAGAAGAAAUAUGUGAAAUUUGACAUCUACAAAGAAGGACCUAACUCAAUUUUUUAAUUUGAUUAUCUGAUUUUUUCUUAAAUUCUCGAAAAAAAACAUUAUCUCAACUUGGCUAAAGACGUUAUAAUUCAAAUAUAAAAUGCCAAUAUUUUGUUUACUAGCGAACAAGGGCUUAUCUUUUAUUAUGUCUAUUUUUAAGUAUAAAUUAUCUGUGGAAAUGGUCAUUACUCUAGGCAAAAAUGAUAUUAAUAUAAACACGAUAAAAAGACUUAACUUGAGUUGUCUUUUAGAUUCCAAAAUAAUAGAACGUAACUCAAAGUUUGAUAAAUAAAAAAGAAGAUAAAUAGAAAAAACUAAAAUUUUUACCAAAAAAAAAAAAUUGUAAAACAAUCGGAAUAAGAAUUUAAUUUUGAAAACUUAUAAGCUACACUGUUGAAUUGUUGUCAGAAUUGAGUUAAAUCUUUCUUCAUAGUGGGUGUUGAAUUGUAAUAACCAUGCUAAAUUAUAUAAUAAAAUAAUGUUUCUAUAGUUACAGAUGUAGUGGUUCCAAUCCCAGAAUUACCAGUAACUGAAUCUACAGAAGCAAAAAAAGAUCAAGCAAAAAAGACAACUGCAGCUAAAGAAGAUGGACGUGAUGGAUCAAUGUGAGAUAAUAGUUUUAUUUUAACUUUAAAUAUUUACAAUUAUUAUUGGUUUAGGUUUACUUUUACAACUGAAAAGGAUGAUACCAAAAUUAUUAAAAAGAUGACUGGUUCAAUGCGUGUUGGAGCACUUUCUAAGGGAUUAUUAUUAGUUAAUGAAAAUGAGGUUGAUUUGGUUAUUAUAUGCUCUGUACCACCAUCUGUAGCAUUGUUAAACUCAUUAGUUACAAUUCUGCCAGACAAGUUAAAGGUAAAUAUAAAAUAAUAUUACAUUUUGUAUAAUAUUACAAUUUGUUUUAAUUGUAGAUAGUUGCUAAAGAUGACACAUAUGUAGUGAAUAAAUAUGAAGCAGAUGCAAAACUGACUGUUGAGACCAUUUUAGAAGAAGAAAAAUUUGUAGUUAAUGUAACUCUUACCUCACCAUCAAUUAGAGAGGCCAUUUUGAGUGCAGCUGAAGGAGGUAAAAUGAAUUGACUUAUAUCUUUUUGUAGGAAAAAAUUUAAUUUAAAAUUUCAUAAAUCACAGUCAUACUUAACAAAAAUUGAGUACUACUAAUAUGGCCAGCUAUUUAGGGACAGGAAGUAUAAAAAAUAUUGGGUUUUGAUCAAGGGUUUACCUAAAUUUUAAUUAAUUUUUAAUGAGAAGGGUUUUUGACCAUGUGGUUAUAAUGAGUAUUUUUGUUAAAAUUUGUAUAGAUUAAGUUUACAUACCUACAUUAAUUCCUAGAAGCUAAUCGAUAUGUUGAUCAAUAUUGUACUUUAAAAUACGGUAUGUAUUUCAAAUUUAAUAGUUUUAUGUUCAAGGUGUUGCAUUAGAGACAAAUAAUACAUAAUAAACAUUUAAUAAAACAAACAAUUUAGAAUAUAUUUUUUCACGUUCAUUUCUAUUUAUUAUCUCAUCCUUCAUUUAUAUAAAUUGUUAUAUAUGAAACUUGACAAAAACAAGUAAUUUUAAUAUGGCAAAUAAUUGUGUAAUUGGUUAUAAGCAAUAAUAUAAUUAUAUUUUUUUCCUAUGCAAUUUUGCUGUACACUUCACCUUUUGAUAAUAGAUUCAAUUUUAUAAUAAUAGCUGUUAUAUUGGAUUGUGUCAUUGUUAGCAAUGGACGUGAUAAACUAUAUUUUACGCAUUAUUGAUACAAUGUUUAGUAAAUUUAUUUAAUUUCAAAUAUACUUAAAUAAAUUUACCAAAUAUUGUUGUAUAUUUGAAAUUCGAUAAACACCCAACUUAUAUUAUUUUAAGUGUUUAUUUAAAAGUUAUGUCCAAAUUGUGUUAAAGAAAUAUUUUAAAAGAAAGUAGGAAAAAGUUAAAAUAAGUUGGGUUUUAAUUUUAGUAACUAAUUUUGGAUUGUUAUAUUAAUAGUAGUAUUAUUUUUAUUACAAAAUGAAAUACAGACAUUAAAACCUUAUUAUAAAAGUACACAUUUUAUUUUAAUGAAAUUUUAAAUGUAAUAAUAUGUAACUAAAAAUAUCUUGUCUGUCAGGAAUAUAUUUCCAUAUCUAUUUCCAGCUUCCUUGAUCUUCAAAAAUAAAAAUUCUCAGUUAAAUAUUUAAUUAUUCUCAGCUCACAUCACCUAAUAAAGCCAUGGGGAAGAAGUCCAAUUAGUUACUUUUACUAGAUAGCAUCUCUUAUCUUUCCUUUUAUAUGAUUGUAUUUAGUGGAACUUAGAGUUAGAGGUUUUUUGAUCAUAGGAUCAGACUAUUUUAUUAUAACGAGUAAAAAAGUGACAUUUCUAAAAUACUGGUGUAUUCAAUUAAAAAAUCUAAAAGUGAAAACGAACGAGACUUGAAUCAAGUUGAGAGUAUAUAACUACUCUUACCUAAGGUCUUAUCAAAAUGAAGUUUCUUAUUUUUGUUUUUAGUACUUCAAAGAUAUAGUAAGCAUAUACAUCCAAUGCUCUUUGGUAUUCAGUUCUUUUGUUAUUUACAUUUUCUAUUGCAAUCAUUACUAUUUUUUUAUUUUAAAUAAAAGUAUUAAGAAUUAAGAAUGUAUUAAGAACUUAGCUGAUAAGGUUUUGGAUUUUUUCACAUUUUUUUCAUAUGUAUACAAUUUUAUUGGGUAUUAACUAUCGAGGUUAACCUGAUUGGGUAUUUAUAAUUUUAUUAUUCUUAUAGAAUUAUAAGUAUCCUUCCAAUUUUGCAGUCAAAGGUAGUUUGACAAAAAAAUACCUAUCUUGACAGUUGGUUAAAUACUAUUUAAAAUUAAGUUCAAUUUUCAAAUAAUCGGAAAAACAUGUUAGAUUUAAAAAAUUUAUUAAUAUUUAAUUAUGUUAAUGGUCAAACACUCUUGGGAAAUAACAUACUGAGCACAUUUUUUUGUUUGGGGUUUUUAUUGUAGAAAGCCAACAGACGGAACCAGUGGCCAUUGUGCCUGGCGAACAUGUUUUGGACAAGACAAAAUGUUUGGAAGCAUUGGCUGCCAUCAGGCAUGCCAAAUGGUUUCAGGUUUGCCUAUUUAUUUAUUACUUUCCAGCUUAGCGAAUUUUGUCAUAUUUGCCAUAAGCAAAUAUGACUUUUUAAAAUUAAAUUAAACUAAAGAUUUUUUUUUUAAAUUAUAUUUUUUGUAGAUAAUAGUAUUUAUGUUGUAUGUUUUACUACAUAUAUUUAUGUAUAUAUUAUAUAUUGAUUGUUUAUACUUGAAAAGUUCACAAAUGUAUAAUCGUGUGCUUUGCGGGGCACCUAUUUUAUCACUGAUAGUUAACAGGGCGGUGUCCCUACAAUACACGAGUGUACAAAUGAGAUGGAUGUGUGCGUUUGUAUGUGUAUGUAUUUGAAUGAAAUGUUACACGUAAAGAAUUGAAAGGGACCAAUAAAUUUUAUUUUGGUGGAAUGAGUUGCAUGAACAUAUUGCUUAAUUUAAUCUCCUUGUCAUCCCUUCUUUUUUUUUUCAUUUUCCAUUUAAUUCCUAUUUUCUCUAAAAUGUAUCCAAAGCAUUAUGCUCUGAUAGUUUAUAUUUUAUUGGUAGUGUUGAGGUUCAAAGUAAGCACACAUCCUUGGUAAUUUGGUAUAAACUGUUAUUUUUUUGAAUUUGGAAUGAAAUUUAUUAAUAACCAAAUGUGUAAGGCUGGAAAGUACAAAAAAUAUGCAUAUGCUGACGAUACAUGUGUGUUAGAAAAUUCCCAAUUCGAUUCCAUUUUAAAAAUGAGAUCAAUUUAAAUUUAUUAUAAUAAAUAUUUUAAAAUCAAAUAUUAAUAUAUGGGAUGAGCCAACAUACAAGCAAUUUGAGGACAUUGAACUUAAAAAGUUUUUUUUUUGUUUAUUUAAAUAAAUUAAUAAAUUAAGUUUUUUUUUAAAUUUUUGAUUUGUGAAAAUGGCUCAUUUCAAUUUUUAAAGGAUAUUUAUCCAAUUAAAUUUAUGUAUUUUUAUAAUUUUUAGGUUAGAUUAGCUGUAAUUUCUAAUGGUCCAUUAAUCAUUCGUAUUCUUAAAGAUUUCAUUAUGAGAGAACCUAAAUGGCACCCUUUUACUCCAUGGGUAAGAGAUAAUGUUACAAUUUUCAUUUUAUUUAUUUAUCAUAUACCUAUAAUUUUGUUAAAUUUUUUUUUAGAUGUUGGAAUUAUUUGUGGAACGCGUUUUAACAAGUGCUUUCCCACCUAAUUCACCUAAUGCUGCUGCAGGUUUGAGUCCUGCUGAAUCGUUAAGGCGCUUUUUUGAAGCCAUUGCUAGUGGUGCCUUAUUACCAGGUGCCACUGGUAUUCAUUUAAUUGAUCCAUGUGAAAAAGAUCCUGUGGAUGCUUUGGCUUCCCUUACAUUACAACAACGAGAGGAUAUUACAUUGUCUGCUCAGGUAAUUAUUUCUAUAGUAAAAUUAAAUCAAUGAUAUGAUGAUAAUGAUUAAACCUAGCUCACUCUGAUUGACUUUAGUCAUUCUGAUGUUUAUUAAUAUUACUAUCUGAUUUUGAAUGAUAAAUUAAGACAAUAAUAUUGAAUUUAAUUAAUUUGGAUAAACCUGAUGAUAUACUUAACCUAGCUCACUCUGAUUGACUUAGUCAUUCUGAUGUAGAAUUAAAUUUAUCUGACUCAUCAUGAAAAAUUUAUACAAAAUAUAUUUGAUUAAAUAGCGAUUUUUCAAAAAUGGUUGAUGAAAUCAUUUUAACUGUUAUUCAAUAAUGGUUUUGGAUAUUGUUUUUUUUUUCUUAAAGUCAUUACUUCAGUUAUUAUUAUUUAUUUAUUUAGUUAUUUAUUAUAUCCUUUUGCAAUGAUAACUCAAUUGUAUACAUUUUUUUUUUAAAUUAAAAAUUUUAAAUUUUAAUAUCUGAUAAACUAAUAACUAUGUAUUUAUUUUUUUUUUUAUACACAUUUCUUACCCUAUAAAUACAUUUUUGCUAUGAUGAAUGUCUUAUUUUAUUAAACCUAGCUCACUCUGAUAUUUAAUUUGAUGCUUCAUGACAUAUCUGAGCUUAAAUAUUUUGUAACUGAUCAAAUUAUUUUUGUAAAUAUAUUAAGGUUAUAAGUCCUCUUUUAACUAUAACUAUUAUAAUCUGGUUCAUAAAAAGUGAGCGAUAGCAAAGGCAUAUCCAGUGCAAGUUUACCCAAUAGUUGCCAUCAUAACAUAUAUAAAUUUGAUUACUGUAAAUUAAAUAAAAAUAUUAUUUGCAUGACACUCAUUAGGGCAUUCGACAAAGUGGUAGAAAAUAAUUCCACAACACUGAAAAUAUUUAAUUUUAAUUUUGCCAUAAGUUAACUUUAUUAAAAUAAAUAUUGUAUAAUUAUCACUUAUCAUUGGUCAGCCCAUGAUAAACAUUUUUGUUUUUAAUAUUAGAUUAAAUAUAAUUUGUAUUUUAUUUUUUUUUUAUGACUGAUCACUACAUAGUUGCUUAUCUGUUUUAAUCAUAAGUUUUAUUUUAGUGAAAUUUUGGUUUUACAGUUUUUUUGAAAAUAAUGUUUUUAUCGUGUCUUAUUAUUUUAUUUUUUAAGCAACACUACACUAUUUUACAAAUUUUCCUAGUACAUUUUUUAUGUCAAUUUAAUAUUUGAAAUUGGUAUUUUUAAUUAUUUUAAAAUUGAUUUAUCUAUAGAUUAUAUUGAACCCAUAUUUUUUGAUUGAUUUCAUAAAUUUUAAAAGUGUCUAGGUUAUAAUAUGUUAAUAAGAAAUUUUGUUUUGUACAAAUUUUAUGUUUGUUAAUAUAUAAAAUAAUUAAAUUAAAUAUUGAUGACAAUUUUAUAGAAUGCAUUGCGUUUGUUAACCUUCAGACAAGUGAAUAAAGUAUUGGGUAUGGAAUUAUUGGCUAUCAAACAACCACAGCGUUUUACACGCAAACGGCGUCGUGAAGGUUCUACCGGCGAAGGAAAUGAAACUGAAGAUAGUAUGUAUAAAGUUGUUAUUUGUUUUAUUACUAAUGAUGGGUUUGACUUGAAUUUUCUUAAACUGAAGAAACAUAAAUUUCUUUUAUUUUAAGUAUGAGUUCUUCAACUUUUAUUUAUAUAUAAUUAGGGAUAAUUCCUUAAACUCAAGAACAUUAUACUUUUAUUUAAUACAAAGUUCGUGAAAAUUAUAACUCUAACCUAAACAUUUUUUGUUUUUUUAGAAUUUUUUAGAAAGUUAUUAUUAUCAAUACAUUUAAUCUUUUCUUGAGAGUUUUUAAUUAUAAUUUUAGUGUAAAUAUGAUUUCAAAAUAAUUCGUUAUAAUUUAAAAAAAUUUUUACUAUGUUAUGUACUAAAUUUAAAUCUAGUGAUUAGUUAAAAAACAAAUUUACUUGGAAUACUAAUUUAGAUAAAAUAUGGAAAUCAUUUUUUUUUUUAAAUUUAUAGAUUCCAUUUUUAAUCUAAUUAUAUAUUUUAAACAAAAUUUCAAGGUUAGUGAGCUCAAGAAGUCAGAAAACUCAGUUACUGUUAUUAUUUCAUUUUUGUUAUCAAUUAUUGUUAAUUCCAUGAGUUAAAUAAUUGUUAAUUGUAAUUUUAAUCUAUAUGUACAUUAUUCUCCAUACAAACCAACUUUGUGUCGUAUAUAUAUAAAUAAUUUUCAUUGCUUCUAUUUUAAAGUUGGUGAAAAUAAGAAAAAAGAUAAAAAAGAAGACAAUAGUCAGAACAAGCCACCAAAUGAUUCUAUUGAUGCUGCUGAUGAUAUUGUGAAUGGUACAGUUGUUGCUAGUAUGGAAACUGAGAAAGUUGAUACUAAAUAGUGUAGAAAAGUGACCUAGUCUUGUACAUUAAAUAUUCUAUUUUUCAUGUUAAAGAAUUUUAAUUAAAAUUUAUUGGGAUUAUUCUUUUCUUCUCAAUAAUUUACUAUUUAACCGUUAAUUGAUCACUUCUGUUCUAUAUUUUGUAAUUACAUGAAAAAAAAAAAAUUGACUUAUUAUGUAACUCGUCACUAUAAUUUUUAAUAUGAUUUAUAUUUUACUUAGAUUUUGUUAUUUUAUUUUAUAUAACAUAAAAUAGAAUCUUUUACUACUACGGUAUUAUAAUUUUCAUAUUGUUUUGUAGGAAAUAAAUUAUUACAAUUAUAUUGAUAAAUAUAAUUAAAAAAUUGGGACAUAUAAAAACAUGUGUGUUAUUAGAAUCCUGGUUUGUAUUAUGAAUAUUAGAACGUUAAUUUUUAUUUUUAAGUGCAAUAUUUUAUUUUAAGUUUUAAUGCAUAAUAGUACUAUUGGAAUUUAUUCAUGGGACUAUUUGUGCUAUUUCAGAAACUGAUCGUAUUAAUUAUUAAAUAAUAAUUUAUUGUUAAUUGAGAAACUAAAUACUAAUAUUGUUGAAUAUGUAUGUUAGUUGCUUUUGGAAGUUUUUUUUGUUAUCUGAAAUAUAUAUUAUAAAUAAUUGUCUAUAUGCAAACAGUCAUUGAGAUCAUGUAAAAUAAUUUAAAUAAUAUUGAGAUAUAAUAUGGAUAUGUGGAAAACAUUUAGGAAUUUAAAGAUACUUAAAUGUUUUUGUAUAAGACCACACGGUACAAAACAUAAAGAUAAUAUAAAUGAAGUAUAUUUAAAUUCUUAGGUCUUCUAGUGUUACCUUUUUUUUUUUUUAAUGAUAUUUGUAAAUUUUAAUGUGAACAACAGGCAGCAUAAUAAUGUAUUAAGCAAGUUGAUUAACUAUAAGUAAUAGACUGAUUGUGUAUUUUUAAGAACUAAUUCAGCACGAUGUGUCGAUGACUCUAAAUACUUGCAAAUAAACUAACUUAAUUUUAGAUAUUUCAAGGCGGUAUUCCAGCGAUGCGUGUCUUGUGUUUUGUCAUAUUUUGAUUGGCCAAUGUAAUCUUGGUAAUAUUUAGUAACCAACCAGAAAAUUUGUAGAAUGUCUGAUUUCACCUCUUCUCUUGUUUGGUUUACUAUAGUUGUGUUGGUUUUUUAAGUAUAUUAUCUGUAGACACAACAUCACUGAAAUAUCGCUAAAAGAAAUAAAUUAAGUCAUGUUUCCAGAUGUUUAUUUAAAUUGAAAUAUUCUGUGGUUAUCAUUAAUAAAUAACAUUUACAUUUUACCUAAUCUGAGCAUACAAGUUACAUUAGGUAAUCUGAUACUUUUUUUUUUUUUAGUUUAUACAUAACAAUUAAAUUGUCCACAAUUGUGCACUUUCUUUUGAUUGUAAACAUAAUAUAUUUUAAUAACAUAGAAAGACUCAAAGGUCAGUUUUUUUUUCAAUAAUUCUUAAGGACUUGGUUUGGAAAUGAAGCUUAUAAAAUUUAUAGAAGAAAUAAUUAUUUCGUGUAGUAGAUAUAAUAUAGUAUUAGUCUGUAAUCUAUAGAAUAUUUUGUCGGUAAAAGUGUAUAUAGAAUUUAAAAUACUGGAAGUACCUG